AUGCCGCCGCCGCCGCCGCCUCCCCCAGGACUCGCCUCCCAAACCUGCGUCUGGCGCCUCACAAAGCCCCUCACAAUCAUCUCCUGCGACGACCUCGCCGACACCGCCCAACCGCUGCGCAUCGCCCCGCUGCAGAUCUUCAUCCUCCUCCACCCCGCGUCCUCCUCCACGCCCGUCUGGCUCGGCUACGCCGAAACGCACACAUUCACCACGUCGCUCUUCCCGGCGGUCGAAGGCGUGUCUCGAGACGCCGCCAGCGUUGUGGGUAAGGCGGCGUAUCUGGGUGAGUGGACGGGGGACCGCAGGUGCGAGGUUACGUUUUCGCGGGAGGUGGUGAGGGCCGGGGAGGUGGUGGGGGCGGUGGGGAGUGUGGGGGGUGGGGGGAGGACGGCGUAUGUGGAGAUGAGGGAGGAGUGGGUUGAUGCGGGGGGUUUGGAGGAGGGGGAGUGGGUCGUGGAUUGGUAG